AUGCUCUUCUCUUACCUUCUUGCGACUCUCCCCCUUCUGGCCAAUGCCGCCCUCACCUACCGCGGUGCGGAUAUCUCUUCUGUCUUCAUCGAAGAGAAGGCCGGCGUUGCCUACAAGAACUUGGCCGGUGAGACUCAGGCUCUGGAAGCUAUCUUGACCGAUAACGGGGUCAAUUCUAUCCGUCAGCGUGUGUGGGUGAAAAAUGGCGACUAUGACCUGACCUACAAUGUCAACCUCGCGAAGCGGGUUGCGGCUACUGGCGCCAGUAUCUACCUGGAUCUCCACUACAGCGAUGAUUGGGCGGAUCCUAAGCAUCAGACCACCCCGGAUGGCUGGUCCACCACCGACAUCAACACUCUGGCCGAUCAGAUCUACCAAUACACGCUGAGCGUGUGCAACACCUUCGCAGAGGAAGGCAUCAGCGUGGAAAUCGUGUCCAUCGGCAACGAGAUCACCUCGGGACUUCUUUGGCCGCUGGGCCAGACUCCCAACUACGAGAGCAUCGCGCGGCUCCUGCACUCUGGCGCCUGGGGCGUGAAGGACUCUAAGCUGGCCACGAAGCCCAAGAUCCUGAUCCACCUCGACAACGGCUGGGACUGGGAACAACAGAAGUACUUCUACGAUACCACGCUCGGCACUGGUCUCCUCACGUCCGACGACUUUGACAUGAUCGGCGUGUCCUACUACCCCUUCUACAACGAGAAGGCCACCCUGGCCUCGCUGAAGACCAGCCUGACGAACAUCCAGUCCACAUACAACAAGGAGGCUGUCGUGGUCGAAACCAACUGGCCCGUGAAGUGCUCUAGCCCCGAGUUCGCCUUCCCUUCCGACCUCACGGACAUUCCUUUCUCGGAGGAGGGCCAGACCACGUUCCUGCAACGCUUGUCGGAGACGCUGACGGCCACCAAGGCCUCCGGUUUCUUCUACUGGGAGCCAGCCUGGACCAAGAACGCGGGAUUGGGAUCGAGCUGCGAGGACAAUCUGUUGGUCGAUUACAACACCAACCAGGUGCGCAGCAGUGUGAAGGCGUUUGGACAGGUCUGA